AUGCUUUCAAGUGGAGGGCGGGUUGGAAAGAAAUGGAUUGGGAAGAAGGCGUGGAGCAAAUUUAAUUGCCAGUUUGGUCCCUGGUGUAUUGUCGAUGGGGAAAGCUAUACAACUUGGGAAUACUGCGAUAUCCGCUUCUGCGAACGACGAGUUGAUGUUGGAACCAAGGGGGGCAAAUAUCCUGAAUGCCGAUUGUCGGAGAAGGGGAUCGACUCGAAAUCUGCAGAAAAUCACUGCCGGAAUUUCCAGCAUUAUGACAGGCCGUGGUGCUUUGUCUCCGACCCCAAGACAGUGUGGGAGUACUGUGAGAUCCCCUUCUGCGACGACCCCAACCCACCGGAAUGCAAGCUGAGCCGUCAUGGAAUGGAAUACAUGGGAAAGCUGGACGUGACGAUGUCUGGCUACCCUUGCAAGCCUUGGCUGACGAUGAUAGGCCCCAAACUUUUUCAAGCCCAAGUAUAUCAAUACGUAAUUUCAGACGAACUUGAUGGCAGCCACCGGUUCUGUCGCAAUUACGAUGAAAAUCGCCACGGCCCAUGGUGUUUCUCUGACACUGAAAACGGACCUGAAUGGGAGUAUUGCGAUGUUCCCUUUUGCUCCCAAGUAGACGGGAGACCGUGCGAGAUUAAAGUGGCAGGAAAUUGCGUCACCCCACGCGAGUGCAAACAGGACGAGGAAGGUACAACUUAUAUUGGUACGGAAAACAUCACUAAGAAGGGAUUCCAGUGCCAGGCGUGGAUUAGUAAUUCACCAAACAACCAACUCACCACCCUCCUGGACUAUGGUGAUCUUGGUCAAUAUUCCUAUUACGACAGAGAAAAUCACUGCCGGAAUUUCCAGCAUUAUGACAGGCCGUGGUGCUUUGUCUCCGACCCCAAGACAGUGUGGGAGUACUGUGAGAUCCCCUUCUGCGACGACCCCAACCCACCGGAAUGCAAGCUGAGCCGUCAUGGAAUGGAAUACAUGGGAAAGCUGGACGUGACGAUGUCUGGCUACCCUUGCAAGCCUUGGCUGACGAUGAUAGGCCCCAAACUUUUUCAAGCCCAAGUAUAUCAAUACGUAAUUUCAGACGAACUUGAUGGCAGCCACCGGUUCUGUCGCAAUUACGAUGAAAAUCGCCACGGCCCAUGGUGUUUCUCUGACACUGACAACGGACCUGAAUGGGAGUAUUGCGAUGUUCCCUUCUGCUCCCAAGUAGACGGGAGACCGUGCGAGAUUAAAGUGGCAGGAAAUUGCGUC